GACAAGUGGUAGGCUUCACAGUUGUAAGCACCUUGUCCACAUCCUCAGAAGGGAGAAGCUGAAACCGAUCCCAACCUACCGGCAUGCAACUGGCCAACUCUGGUUCAUCCACUGUAUCCACGGCGCACGGAAUCAAGCUCCGGGGUGACGAAGGAGACUGUAGCUCGAUGAACUGAAAUGUCGGAAAAGUCAGGCCAGAGCACAAAAGCAAAGGAUGGAAAAACCAAGUAUGCAACACUUAGUCUGUUUAAUACUUAUAAAGGAAAGACUCUGGAAACACAGAAAACUGCAGUUGCAACACGCCAUGGAUUACAGAGUCUUGGAAAAGUUGCCAUUUCACGAAGGAUGCCCCCUCCUGCUAACCUCCCCAGUCUUAAAGCAGAAAACAAAGGCAAUGAUCCUAACAUAAACAUUGUGCCUAAGGAUGGCACAGGAUGGGCUUCUAAACAAGAGCAACAUGAAGAAGAAAAACAGCCAGAAGUGCCACAGACCCAGCCAAAGCCUGCAGUUCCUGCUUCUCAAGAAGCACCUCCUGUUGCCAAAUCAUGGGCCAAUACCAAGCAAGGUGGGCAGGGUGAUGGUCCUGGGGUUCAAAUAAAUAGCUAUUUCCAGCAGGAGUUUCCCAGUCUGCAGGCAGCUGGAGAUCAAGAAAAGACAAGUAAAGAGAAGGAUGCAGCUGAAGAGCCUUAUGGUCCUGGGCCCAGUUUACGACCACAAAAUGUUGCUAGCUGGAGAGAAGGUGGAGGCAAGAAUCUGAACUCUCCAAAUUCGCCAACUGACCAAGAAGCAAAAACAGUUGCUCAAGAAGAUGGUAAUGUGCCUGGACAAGUAGAACCAGAGAAGAGGGAUAUAAGGAUAACACAGCCUCCUGCUCCCAAGCUGAAUGGCCAGCAGCAGCCUGGGAUCAUACCUCAAUUCAGAGCAAUGAUACCACCUUAUAUGUUUAAUCAGUACCCUAAAUUGGCAUAUCCUCCAAUGCCAGGUCCCAGCAGGUUUCCUGCUCCAUCUGAGGCCAGCAGAGGACCAAGGGGAAGAGGACCCUCUUCAAGGAGUUCAGAAACUGUAGAACGCCCGUCCAUUCUGAGUGCUAAUGAGCUCAAAGAACUUGACAAGUUUGAUAAUUUGGAUGUUGAGGCUGAUGAGGGCUGGGCUGGAGCCCAAAGUGAGGUUGAUUAUACUGAACAGUUGAAUUUCAGUGAUGAUGAUGAUCAAGGAAGUAACCAGAAAGAGCAGGAUAGCAGUAAUGAACCUACAAAAGAUGUGGAGAAGAAAGAUUCAGAAGAACAUAAAUCAUCUGCUCCUUUACAGUCAAUUGGUUCCAAAGGUCCCUUUAACAAAAGCAACCAGUUUGACCAGGAACGCGGUCUGACACCAGCACAAUCUUCAGUGCUUGAGAGGAGCAGUUCUGGGCUCCAUCCAAAAUCAGUUCUUCAGCAUCCACUUCCAGAUCGGUUGGCAGGACCCGGAAGGCAAGGUCCAUUUCCUCCUAGGCCAACACCGGAUGAGGAUGAGAUUUGGAAACAGAGGCGAAGGCAGCAAGCAGAGAUAUCUGCAGCAGUAGAGCGAGCCCGUAAAAGGCGAGAGGAAGAGGAGCGAAGAAUGGAAGAGCAAAGAAAAGCAGCAUGUGCUGAAAAGCUAAAACGGUUAAAUGAGAAAUUUGGCUGUGUAAGAAAAGCACCACGAGAAGAGCCCCUGAAAGAACAAGAAAGGGAGAAAGACGUUGAGAAGGAGAGAGAGAACGUGAUAGAAAGGGAGAGGGAAGAGAAAGAAAGCCACGAGAGGCAAAAGGGACCAGAAAAGGAAGGGGGAAAUGUGGAGAAUGAAGAAGCCGAAGAGAACCCUCACCCUGAAGUGUCUGAACCUGAAGAGCCAACCACUCCACCUCUUACAGUAGAGAAACCACAAGAAAGUGAAAAUAGCAGUAAGGAGGAGAGAGAAUGUCAGGCUGUUUCCACCACACAAGAAACCAAUCAUAAUGAAAGAGAGAGUUCUCAUGAGAGUGAGCCUGAUUCUGGUGCUCAACCUCGUCCUGCUGUUUCUUCUGGCUAUUCAAAACAGUUUCAGAAAUCAUUGCCACCAAGGUUCCAGAGACAACAGGAGCAGAUGAAACAGCAGCAGUGGCAGCAGCAGCAGGGAGUCUUGCCACAAUCUACAUCUUCUCAGCCUUCUACUGGCCCUGUUCCUCCACCACCACAUAGACCACUUUAUCAACCUAUGCAGCCACACACCCCACAUUUGGCUUCUAUGGGCUUUGAUCCACGGUGGCUCAUGAUGCAAUCUUAUGUGGAUCCACGAAUGAUGUCAGGAAGGCCUGCUAUGGAUAUGCCACCCAUGCAUCCAGGAAUUAUCCCUGCUAAACCACUUUUGAGAAGGGACCAGAUGGAAGGGGCAGGAACUGGUGCAGAUUCUUUUGAUCACAUUACUCGAUCAGCAAGGGAGCAUACCAUGCCACUUUCAGAACCACGUAUGGUGUGGGGGUCAGAGUCCUAUCCUCAUGCAGAGCCUCAGCAGACAACUACACCCAAAAAAAUCCUAGAAGAAACAGAAGCUCUCAGGCCUGAGGCACUUCUGGAUCAAGAACAAAUUACUGUUCAGGAGGUUUACUCAGCAGAACAAAGCCAGUUGGACUCUCAUACAAAGGUGGACUUCUUCAAAGAACCCAGUGAAGUGACUGUACAAAAAUCUUCAGGCAGACCUUUAGAAGAUGCUCUGCCUUGCCAAACUGAUACUCCUAUUCCUGCACUGAGUUUUGAAGUAACUGCAGAAAAUGUCUCUAGGAGCUCCAAGGAAGAGGAAAUACUUGUAGAAGAUUCUUCCCUGAAGAACAUUUCUCAUGGGUCAAGUCAUUCCCUGAAACCCGAAGACCAAGGUAAUGAUACACAAGCAAAUGUUUCCAAAGUAAACAGCAGACACAUUGAGCCAAAAGAACCAACACUUGAAAGAAUGGAUAGUAAACUUAAAAAAGAAGUGUUUGUAACUAAUAGGCUGUCUGAAGGACCAAAACCUGAAAAACCCUUCAAGCCUAAAUCUGAAACUAGGUGGGGUCCAAGACCAGGUUAUGGCAGAAGAGAGGAAAGUAGUGAUAGGCCAGUGAGAAGGUCUGGUCCUAUUAAAAAGCCUAUCCUUCGAGAUAUGAAAGAAGAACGUGAACAAAGAGAAGAGCGUGAACAGAAGAAAGAAAAAGAGGGAGAAAAACUGACAAAUGAGAGAGCUAGCAAGAUUGAGAAAAAGGAGCAGGCUCAGGUUCCACCUUCCAGGCUAGAACCAGAAAAGACCACCACAGAUGGUAAAAAGGCAUUGCAAAGCACACCACAAGCUUCAGAGUGUGCAGAAACACUAGUGCAAUCUACAGUUGCACCUGCUGUUCAGCAGUCUCAUAUUGUCCAGCAGCCAGCAUUGGUUCCUCCUGUGUCUCAACAGCUACCUGCGGUACAGACACCGCCACCUGUAGUUCCACAGCUCCCUAGUCCACAAGCUGCAGUUGAGCUUCCAUCCAUUACUGUCCAUCACUUACCAGUUCAGCAGCCUGUCAGCACAACAAGAGAAGAAAAACAGCCAGAAAAAGUAAUCAACAAAGAACGAACAGUAGAGAGACUUCGUAUGGAAACGAGACCAGUGAGAAGAGAACCUGGUUUGCCUCCCAGAACAUACUGGAAAGAAGCUAGGGAUAGGGACUGGUUCCCAGACCAAGGAUACAGAGGCAGAGGGCGUGGAGAGUAUUAUUCUAGGGGGCGAAGCUACAGAGGUUCUUAUGGAGGCAGGGGUCGAGGUGGGAGAGGCCACAAUAGAGACUAUCCACAUUACAGAGACACUAAGCCUCGAGUGGAGCAUGUGCCUUCUGGUCCUCUUAGGCAGAGAGAAGAGAGUGAAACGCGUAGUGAGAGCUCUGAUUUUGAAGUAGUUCCAAAAAGACGAAGACAGAGAGGCUCAGAAACUGACUCUGACAGUGAAGUACAUGAAAGUGCAAGUGAUACCCUUCUUUCUGACAAGGACAGCUUAAGCAAAGGCAGACACCCAAAGAGAGAAGAAAAGGCAGAUGUCAAAAAGCCUUCAAAAGCUAUAUUGUCUUUCAAGCCUGAAAAUAACUUUCGAGGGGAUAACAGAGUUUUAGACAAAACUUACGGGAGGGAAGAUGAGAAUAAGCCUAAACCAGGUUUUCUUCCUAAAGGAGAACCUUCUAGACGUGGCAGGGCAGGCAUGUUUAGACGUGGAGGUAGAGAUCUAGUUGGCCGUCCACCUCGGCCAUCUACUCUUAGGAGGCCAGGAUACAGAGAGAAUCAGUGGAACCCAAGGCAGAUGGAAACCUCCAAACUUGAAGAUGGGGAGCCCUCACGAAGGCAUGACCAUUAUGGUUCUGUACCACUGGAUAAAAGGCCACCUGCAAAGUUUGAGGGAAAGUUUGACCCUGCUAGAGAAAGGCCUCGAAGGCAAAGGCCUGCACGACCACCCAGGCAAGAUAAGCCACCACGUUUUAGACGUCUGAAAGAGAGAGAAGCAGCAUCAAAAAUAAGUGAAGCCACAACCAGCUCAUCAUCAGGCGCUGCAGUGAGCAGUGCUAUUAAUGAGCAACCAAGCACUACCUUGGAGGUGUCAGGAAGUAAGACACCGGACUUAUCCAAUCAGAACUCCUCAGACCAAGCAAAUGAAGAGUGGGAAACUGCUUCAGAAAGUAGUGAUUUCAAUGAGAGGCGUGAGAGGGAUGAGAAAAAAACAGCAGAUGUCACGGCACAGGCAGCAGUUAAGACUGGGGAAAGCACACUAGUCCCCAAAAGGGAAAUAGCCAAGAGAAGUUUUUCCAGUCAGCGACCUGGGAUUGAUCGACAGAAUCGUCGCGGCAAUAGUGGACCACCCAAAUCUGGACGGAACUUCUCAGGGCCAAGGAAUGAAAGGAGAACUGGCCCUCCAACAAGAAGUGGGAAAAGGGGACCAUUUGAAGAGCAGACUCCCAUUGUGAUUACUUCUGAGACAGUUGGGAGCAGUUUACAUCUGGAAGAAAGUGGGAGCAGUGCUGUUGUGUUAAAAGGUUCCAAGGAUGCCAGCAACAAGAAGCGAGAGGAAUCCAAAGCUGGUCCAAAGAAACCCAAAGAGAGAGUGGAUGCAAUCUCUCAAUUUGAUCUUAACAACUAUGCAAGUGUUGUAAUUAUUGAUGACCACCCUGAAGUGACCGUAGUUGAAGAUUCCCAGUCCAAUCUGAACAAUGAUGGUUUUACUGAAGUAGUGUCAAAAAAACAACAAAAACGCCUUCAAGAUGAAGAACGCAGGAAGAAGGAAGAACAAACAGUGCAGGUCUGGACCAAAAAGAAUUCAAAUGAAAAAGGAAGAUGUUCAAGUUCCAAACUACCACCCAGGUUUGCCAAAAAGCAACAGCAGGCAACAGCAGCAGCUGCCGCCGCGGCUGCUGCUGCUCAACAGAUCCAGGCUCAACCACAACUCACAUUGCAGUGUGUGUCUCAGAUUCCAAGUCCACAGGCUUCAGUUCAGCCACAACCGCAGGCAACCUGUGUAGCAAACAACAGCACAGAGUAUACAGCAACAAGCAAAAAUCUUCAGAACACACCUUCCAGUAAUGCCAUAGGAAAUGAAUUAUGGGAUAAUAAAGUGCCACCUACAACAGUCCUCAAUGAAAUCUCUAAAAAAUUGGGACCCAUUAGUCCUCCACAGCCUCCUUCAGUCAGCGCAUGGAAUAAGCCUUUGACAUCAUUUGGAUCAGCUACAUCUCCAGAGGGAACAGCAACUGGACAAGAAAGUGGAAUUGAUUUGGGAAUAGAAACUAUUCAGUUUGGAGCACCAGUAUCUAGUGGGAGUGACAAUGAAGCUAGCGCAGUUUCAGAGAAGCCCUCAGAGAAGCUUCUUGAACCAAAGGAGCAAAGGCAAAAGCAGUCCCGGGCAGGACCUAUAAAAGCACAGAAGCCCACAGAUUUGAGUCCAGUUGAAAACAAAGAGUAUAAGCCUGGUCCAAUUGGGAAAGAGCGGUCAUUAAAGAACAAAAAAGUAAAAGAGGCUCAGCAAGGUGACUCUGAGGGACAAGAGAAAUCCAGUCCUACUGCAAUCAGAAGCCCAGACCAUGUUGCUUCUAAAGAAGGCAAGGCAGCUGCUGAACUUGGUACUGAAAUAGGAACAAUGAUAUCGGUAUCUGCUCCAGAAUUUGGAGCUACCCAAAAGGAAUCUGUAACAGACUAUACAACACCUUCUUCUCACUCCAGUACAGUGGCUACAAGCACUGCAAAGAUGGAAGAAGCUUUAGUGACAAAUGUGCCCUUGCCCCACACCCUCCCCCUCCCUAGGAGGGAGACUCUACAACAGAGCUCCAGCCUAACUCCAGUUUCUUCCGCUACCGUCGACCUCACCCUCAAGAUGGAGUCUGCUCGCAAAGCAUGGGAGAAUUCACCAAAUGUUGGGGACAAGAAUUCACCAGUUACUUCAUCGGCGUCUCCAGUUACUGGUGGCUGUAGUGGAAGUGGGAGCAGCAGCAGUAGCAGUGGGCCAACCAGUGGUACAUACAGCUCUUUCUCAAGUGCAUCAAUGCCUCAGAUUCCUGUGGCUUCAGUUACACCUACAGCUUCAUUGUCAGGAGCUGGAACAUACACUACCUCUUCACUGAGUACAAAAACAACCACAACCUCUGAUCCACCUAACAUUUGUAAAGUGAAGCCACAGCAGUUACAGACAAGUAAUUUGGGAUCUGCUGGUCAUUUUUCCCAGCUAAAUUGUAUGCCAUCACUAAUUGCCCAGCAGCAGCAGAGUCCGCAGGUCUACGUGUCUCAGUCGGCAGCAGCUCAGAUUCCAGCUUUCUAUAUGGAUACAAGCCAUCUGUUCAGCACCCAACAUGCACGACUGGCUCCUCCAUCAAUGGCCCAACAGCAAGGAUUUCAACCAGGACUCUCACAGCCCACAUCAGUUCAACAGAUACCAAUCCCCAUAUAUGCCCCUCUGCAGGGGCAGCAUCAAGCUCAGUUGGGUUUAGGAGCAGCACCUGCUGUCUCCCAAGCCCAGGAGCUAUUUAACUCUUCAUUGCAGCCGUAUAGAUCUCAGCAGGCAUUUAUGCAAAGUGGCCUGUCUCAGCCAUCACCAGUGGUUCUUUCUGGUACAGCCUUACACAACUUCCCAGCAGUGCAGCAUCAAGAGCUUGCCAAGGCACAGUCAAGCCUUGCAUUUCAACAGACAUCUAACACUCAGCCCAUUCCUAUCCUGUAUGAGCAUCAGCUGAGUCAAGCUUCAGGACUAGGAGGCUCCCAGCUUAUCGAUACACAUCUUCUCCAGGCUAGAGCUACUCUUACCCAGGCCUCAAAUUUGUAUUCUGGACAGGUUCAGCAACCCGGUCAGACAAGCUUCUAUAACACUGCACAGUCUCCCAGUACUCUCCAGCAGGUAAACUAUGGCACGGUGACAGUACCUAUACCAGGAUCACAACUUUCUUUGCCCAACUUUGGAUCAGCGGGCCAGCCUUUAAUUGCUCUUCCACAGUCCCUUCAGCCUCCUUUGCAGCACACACCACCACAACCCCAGGCUCAGAGUUUGAGUCGGUCAACACAAGUAGGUCAGCCUUUCAGAGGACUAAUUCCAGCUGGAACUCAGCACAGCAUUAUAACUGGGAAGAUGACAGAAAUGGACCUGAAAGCCUUUGGAAGUGGCAUUGAUGUUAAACCAGGCACACCUCCAGUCACCGGACGAAGCACCACUCCAACCUCUAGUCCCUUCCGGAAAUAUGAAGACAGAAUGGCUGCAUACUUGCCCAAUUCCCAUUUAUUUCAGCAGAGCUUGCACAGGGCUGCUUCUACAAGUCCAAACAGUCAGUCCAAUAAAAUGAAUACCAUUGUCUACCAGAAGCAGUUUCAGUCUGCAGCUGUGAGAAUGACACAGCCAUUUCCUCCACAGUUCACACCACAGAUCCUCUCUCAGCCUAACCUGAUCCCUCCAUUGGUAAGAGCCCCUCAUACUAACACCUUCCCAGCACCUGUUCAGAGGCCGCCAAUGGCACUGGCUAGUCAGAUGCCACCUCAGAUGACCACAGGCCUUAUGAGCCACCCUCGUUUGCCACAUAUGGCCAGAGGUCCUUGUGGAUCACUCUCUGGAGUCAGAGGCAAUCAGGCCCAGACUGCGAUGAAGGCUGAACAAGACAUGAAGGCAAAGCAGAGAGCAGAAGUCCUUCAGUCCACACAGAGGUUCUUCUCUGAGCAGCAGCAGAACAAGCCGCCUGGAAGCAAAAUACAGAAAGUAGGUGACAGUGGGAAUAAAGCCCCUGAAGCGAUGGCAGACUCCUCCUCAGGAGUAUGUCAGGACAAAGUGGAGGAGAAACCAAGCCCUGUACCUACAACAGCCCCAAAGCCUGUUAGAACUGGACCAAUCAAACCUCAGGCUAUCAAGACAGAAGAAACAAAAUCAUAAGAGCUGUGUUCAUUUAUGUCAGUAUGGGGAGUGAAAUGACAGCAGCACAAACCUGUAGCCAGAGGGCAAAGCAUGUCCCUUCACGGCCAUGAAUGGCAUAAAGAGAUGCAGGUGCUCAUUAGCCUUAGCAGACAUGGAUCUUGGGGCAACUUCCAUGCAACCACAUAACGAGUGUGAUCUGUCUUUGUAGGGGCAUCUGUUUUUCCAAGGAUGCAAAAUGAGAAAUAAUGCUGCUGAGGCAUGUUAUUAGCCAAUGGUAAACACUCUUCUGUUAGCUGCUGUUUCAUUUUGAGAAGAGAGGCAGGUUGGAGAAGGCUUUGCUGAACAGAAAUGAGUUUGGUUUUAUGUUGCUCAGAGUCCUAAGAGGAUGUUGCCCCUUAAUAAUGAAACGAGAAUUUUAUGGCAAUUGCUAAGUCACACAGAGCAACUCAAUCACCCAGCCUACUUCCCUCCCCCCACCAAUACACACCACUUCAUUCUGUAAAUGUUCUACACCAUAUGUCCCUAAAAGGUAGGGUGUGGCUGCUGCUAUGGGUUGAUAUGGUGCUGAAUUCAACUGGGGAAAAUGCUAAUUGGUUCCUGUGUUAAUACCAAAAGUGCAGCAUUUAGGAGACUCCCUUUUAGGAGUUAUAGUGCCAGUACCACUGAGCUGUGGCUCAGCAGUACUUGGGUGAAAGGAAGCCUUUGGCCUUCAAACAGUUUUCAGCUUAUGUCUGUAUAGAGCAAAAAGCACUUGACCUUGUGCCGCAAGACAGCAUCCUCUGAAAUGGCAUAUUCUUAUAUCAGAGCUGCAUUGCACCUCCUUCCUGCGCACUGUGUGCUGGAAACAGAAUCAAGUCAAAUAAUGCCUUCUUAAUUGUAUCCUUUUAGUAGUAUAGCUGUAGGAGAGUACUGUAUGAUACCUUCUGUGAAUGUAAAAUACCCCAUACCUGCUUAUGAUACGUAGUUGUGACUGUGCUAUAGCAGAGCUGUUUUAAUGAUGUUACUCAAGACUUUUCCAGGCAAUGGUUGGAAGUUAAUAAGAGAGCAGUACCAGAAUGGACUGUUUUCUCUAAGAAUUCCUUUUUCUUUCUAUUCUUCCCCUUCCCAACAUUUUUUGGAACUAAGAGUGAACUUAGUCUAAUGUGUAUAAUUUUGUUCAGAUGACAGCAGAAGCUGAAAAAGUCUGUUGCUGCUAUUGAUGCCUAGUGAAAUGCUAUUGGUUACCUUUUUAUAUAAAUAUUAUAAUUUGAAUUUUUGGAAACUUAGCUGUGAUGUCAGCUUUGGAGAAAAGAUAGACACUUGUACUGUGAGUUGGCAUUGUACAGAAAUUAACAGCCAUAUUGGUCUAGAAAUGUUUAAACUUUUUUUUUCAUUUGUACAGGGGUAACACACUGUAUUAAAUAUGUAAGGUCUUAUUUACAUGAGUUUGAUUACAGAAUAAAGAAACUAAUAAAAAUAU